AUCUAUUUAUAACAUCAGCCUCCUCUGUCCUUUUUAGGGUUAUUGAAUUGAUCAUCUCAUUCUGCAAGAGACGUCAGAUAAAAUGUAUGCAACAUCACACUGUUGAGUAUACUACACAACGGACAUCACACAGAAUAUGUUACCGUCAAACUCCGGUCCUCUUAAGAAGCAGACAGCAGGAAGAAUUCAUUACGCAGACUCAGGAAGAUGAAAGAAAAAAGAAAGCAGAGAAAGAGAAGGAGGCUUCCACUGAGAAAGACAAGGAGGUUUCCACUGAGAAAGACAAGGAGGCUUCUACUGAGAAAGACAAGGAGACUUCCACUGAGAAAGACAAGGAGACUUCCAAUGAGAAAGACAAGGAGGCUUCCACUGAGAAAGACAAGGAGGCUUCCACUGAGAAAGACAAGCAGGCUUCCACUGAGAAAGACAAGGAGGCUUCCACUGAGAAAGACAAGGAAACUUCCACUGAGAAAGACAAGGAGACUUCCACUGAGAAAGACAAGGAGGCUUCCACUGAGAAAGACAAGGAGGCUUCCACUGAGAAAGACAAGCAGGCUUCCACUGAGAAAGACAAGGAGGCUUCCACUGAGAAAGACAAGGAGGCUUCCACUGAGAAAGAGAAGGAGGCUUCCACUGAGAAAGAAAAGGAGGCUUCCACUGAGAAAGACAAGGAGGCUUCCACUGAGAAAGACAAGCAGGCUUCCACUGAGAAAGACAAGGAGGCUUCCACUGAGAAAGACAAGCAGGCUUCCACUGAGAAAGACAAGGAGGCUUCCACUGAGAAAGAGAAGGAGGCUUCCACUGAGAAAGACAAGGAGGCUUCCACUGAGAAGGACAAGAAGGCUUCCACUGAGAAAGACAAGGAGGCUUCCACUGAGAAAGAAAAGGAGGCUUCCACUGAGAAAAACAAGCUUCCACUGAGAAAGAGAACCGGGCAUCCACUGAGAAAGAGCAGCGGAACCGACAGCGCGGGACACGGGGGUGAUCCGGACAAGCAGCAAUCUGCACUCUCUGUGUCAUCUCUUAUUACAGACCUCACACCGAAGCUCCAACACCACGCGCUUUAAUGACAGGCUUAGACAUGCCUCUCUUUCAACUGUCUUUUAUUUAAUUAAGUGUAAUUCAUAUCUGUCAACGUAUGGGUGUCCUUUGUUUUGUGAGUGGAGUAAUUUUAGAAUUAAAAAAAAUCGAUUAUUUCACGCAAUUAAAUCUUUUGUAAAGGGGGUAAACUAAAUCAUUAUUUGGAAAAAAAAAACUUGUCUUGUUUAUUCUCCUCAUUAUAAUAAACAUUCAGAUUUUAAUUUUGAAUCUAUACCUAUAUGAAAUUAAA